AUGGCUGCACACAAAACUUUCAUUAUUAAGCGAAAACUCGCUAAGAAGGCGAAACAAAAUAAGCCAAUACCGCAGUGGGCACGAAUGAAAGCUGGAAAUAAAAUUAGGUACAACACAAAAAGACGACACUGGCGCCGUACCAAGCUGAAGUUAUAG